GUUUGAGAGGUUGUAGUGUAAAUGCGACAUACAAAACAUCUUGCAUAGUCGUGGUCUGGCUCAGUUAGAUGACGUGUAGCUACAAGCUGCCAGCUUUGCCAGCUGUCAGCAGCGGACAGUUUUACAACCCAAGCAUGCUGAUUAGAAUUUCAGGUGCAAGUUUCAACAAUUCAUCCAAAGUACAUCCAGAAUUUUGAAGAUCAUAGAACAGUCUAAGGAUGAUACCAUCUAAACCGCUUCCCUACGUCGAUUGCUGGGCUACCUCAGAAGAGUACGUCGACAAUCUUCUGCAGUUUGUGACUACAUCGGAUACAUUUCAAAUUCUAUGCGGUGGCGUACACGUCCUAGACUUUUUUACUAGUGAACCCGGACUUUUCAGUUCAGUCAUACCUGAUGAGUGGCAGCCAUGGCUCCUACAGUGCGAUCCUAUGAGGCUUUUAGACAUUCUUCUGAGGGAAGAUGUUGACUCACUUCUAGAGCCCCGACUACCUGAGAGUCUGUUAAGAUACAUCAAGGAUAUCAGGAAAUUCUCCUUGGCACGACAGCUCUCUAUAAGUGAAGAAAAGCUUCCUAAAUUGACAUGGAAGAUGUCGGUUGGGAUGAAGCCAAAGAAAGUACACGAAGUGAGAAAUUUUGCGGGCUAUGUGGAUCAACUCGCCAAAGAUAUAGAGUCCGAGUUUGACAAUAGGAUUACGCACUUCGUCGAUUUUGGCAGUGGUCAAAACUAUCUCGGCAGAGCUCUGGCGAGUGCUCCAUAUAACAAGCAAAUUGUCGCUGUCGAGGGGAGAGAGCACAACAUAACCGGUGCCAAAAUGCUCGACUCGAUCGCAGGCGUCGCGGAGAAGCCCAAGAUAAUUAGAAACAAGAAGCUCUGGUUACAACAGCUCGAUAGUAUAACCCCAGAGGACCAACGGGGUGAGCGCGCAUUGAAAAGGGCCGCCAAAGUUAUCAAAAUCCCCGAAGGUUACGCGGCUGAUUUGAGACCCCGGAGCGAAUUCGAGACUGUCUACACUCCAGAAGAAGGCAAGGGAUUUAUACGUUACAUAGAAGGACGGUUAGAAUCUGGAGAUCUUAAAGAUGUUAUUGAUAAAUUAGAAGCCACCCACUUGGAGUCAGACAAAACCCAAGCGGAUCUUAGGCUGAUGGCGAUCUCGAUUCACUCAUGUGGAAAUCUUUCUCAUCAUGGGAUCCGCUCGCUAAUUCUCAACCCGUCUGUUCAAGCUAUCGCUAUUGUGGGCUGUUGUUACAACUUGUUGACUGAGAAACUAGGGCCGCCAACUUACAAGCAUCCCUACAUGCGACCCAGUCUUCAAGCGUUGAAUGGCCGGGUGAUUAGGGAAUCAAACGCACACGAUCCUCACGGGUUUCCUCUGAGCGAUCGCCUGUGUACCUAUCGAGGCGAUGGCAUCCGUCUGAACAUUACUGCUCGAAUGAUGGCGUGUCAGGCUCCAGCGAAUUGGACAGAAGCUGAGAGCGAUGGCUUCUUCACUCGGCAUUUCUUUCGUGCAGUUUUGCAGAAGAUUUUUCUUGAUCGUGGCAUCAUUUCGAAAGUAUAUCACGAUGGCACACGAGUGAGUGACGAUUCAUCUCAGAGUCCAUUCAACAUGAGCACCAAUCCCGUCGUACUCGGGUCACUCAGUAAAUCCUGUUACAAGUCGCUACACGCUUACGUUCGGGGUGCAGUCACUAAGCUGACUACCGUUUCCGACCACCGCGAGCAGUGGGACAUCGUAAAGGAAAAGAUGAGUGACAUCACCGACGAAGAGAUUGCCAGGUAUGAGCGCCAAUACGGACCCCGCAAGAGAGAACUCAGCGCUGUCUGGACGUUGAUGGCGUUUAGCGCGGCGGUUGUCGAGUCUUUGAUCGUUACGGAUAGGUGGCUUUUCCUAAAGCAGCACUCCGACCUGGUACAGGAUGCCUGGGCUGAAACCGUUUUUGACUACCGCCAGAGUCCGAGGAACCUGGUUGUUGUUGGUGUCAAGAAACCGCAGCCCUGAGACGGCCGGGAGAAUCCUACUUUCUCGGCCGAAGACAUGUCGUCAGCGGCCCAUAAUGGAAGCAUUAGCUGAUGUUACGCGGCCUAUCCUGGCUCGAAGCUAGGCAACUUUCAAAACGGCAUGAAAUUCCUAUCAUUGACCGAUCAUUGCUAUCAGGGCUUUUUAGAGCCG